CACAAACACCUAUUUUGGGCUAUUAUGAGCUAAAAAUGAGUGAAUUGUGUAGAGUUGUUCUUUAUUCAUCUUAUUUAGUGUGGACAAGUGUGAACUAGGUGAAUGCCUAUAUAUAUACACAGAAUGUAGGCUAUUUUAGACCCAAUAAAGUAAAUGAUCUGUUUAUAUACACACUUGCUCAUAUAUAGAUGUAUGUAUUUCCUUUAGUUUUUAAAUCAGAUUUGGUGAUUGCAGCCGUUUAAAUGUACUGGGUAUGGUUUGUUUUGGGGGGGAUUGUGUACCUGACCCUUUUUUGUGGCUUCGGCUUGUAGUUUAUGCAACAAAAUUACUUUGAAAAGCUGAAAAAAUGUUGAUUGUCCUGAAUGUGGGGGAUGGGUGUUUUUAGAUCUGUUUAUAGAUUAUCAGGUUUUAGUUGAGAAUAGGUUUGCAGAAAGCAGUUUGUAAUUUUAGGUCAGAUAUAGCACUCCUAUACUUUGGAUCAUCAUAGGUAUUAUUACAUAUGUAUUUUUGAGUCCCUUACUUUUGCCCCGACUUGACAGUUUGGGAGUCAAUGUAAUUAUGCCAAAAUUGUUGGCUUUUUUUAGUGUAUUUUUUUCAAAUCUGAGGGGAGGUCAGUAUAAUUUACCCUUAAUUUUACAUGCAAUGCUUCUCCUUGACCAUGGAAGUAUGUGAUUGAGGGUGAGCAUGGGUGAUUGGAGUAGAGAGAGUGGUUGUGUGGUUAACAACCGGUCCUUUUGCAUUUAUUUUGUUAUGGUUAAUUAUUUGAGGUUACAAGGGAAAAGGGUAGUAUUUUGUUUAUGCAUAUGUGGUUGUAUAAAUUGAUUGAAGGAGUGCUUUUGACAUGUUCAUCUUCCUGGUUUUGAUAUGCCUUGUAACGCUGUGUUUGGUUGGAGGAUUUGGGGAGGGAUUCGGAAAGAGAAAGGGAAAAGGUGUGUAAAAUCAGGUGAAAUGUAGGUAUAUUUUAUUCACAUUUCACCUACUUUUUUUAUUUUUUUUCUAAAUCCCUCUGCAAAUCCCCCAACCAAACAUAGUGUAACAGAAUCUUGGACUUUAUAACAAAGGAAGGACAAUAUGAGGCUUUUUGCAUUAUUCUGACUAGUAACAAGACUUGACUGUGUUCUUAGUAUUUAUGACUCUUACUGCAAGUAUUGCAAAAAAAAAAAAAAAAAGGAAAAAGAAAAAGAAAAAAAAAAGUGGUGUAUUGAGGAUUUUGAGCUUGAAUACUUUGUAAAAAGUUGACUGUGUUUCUUGGAAAAUUGUGAACUGCUUCAUUUUCCCCUAUAUGGUUUUUGGUUACAAAUUGUGUCUUACCUUCGACAAAUUGGUGACUUGUUUAGAUAAUCCCCCUGUUAUGAAAAGUUAGCUGUCCUUUUAGGGGUCCGGUAACUAAUAUGAUUAGAGCAACUUCUCAUGUAAUUUUGCAUGGCUAAAUAUAUGGUAAGAGUAAGUUCCUAUAAGAAGAAUGAAACAUAACGGCUAGCCUUGCGAGUGCAAUAUAUGUGCAUGCCAUGCUAAGCUAAUCUUCACCAGUCAUAAAAUACGCCUUGUGUAUGCAAAUGCAUAUUUGCAAAAGAGGCAUAGUCAGUUCAAUACAAUUAAGGCCAAGACAAGUAAAAACUGUUUGCAUACUACGUGUAAAAAGGUGGCCCAACAUCCUCAAUUUCAAGCAAUUCUAAGUCGGAAAAUUUAUAAACAAGUUUAGCACACAUAUUCUUACCAAAAAAAUAAAAAUAAAAAAAUCAUAAUUCGAUGGAAAGCACCUCAAUAUGAACUUUUAACAUCUGACAUACAACUUUUAAUGCCUUCACGGUUUAGGUACGGACACACAAUGGUGCAAAUCUGUCUAAGGUGUCUUUAGGAACUUUUUACUUUUCUUUCUGGUUAAGUAUCUUUUGGUAUUUCACCUUCAUUAUUAUUAGGUUCCAUGGGAAAAGAGUCAUAAUGGUUGAACUAGCUGAGAAAUCUCUCGCCAUUGGAAGUAUACUCCACAACUAGAUCAAGUGUCAGUAACUUAUGGUGAUAGAAGCAACUGUCGUGUGCUUUUUAUCUACUAUAAGUGAGUCAGUCAAGAUUUUGCUUGCUUAUUUAAUGAAUGGAGAUCUUGGCAUUCGACUGUUUGGAAUUUACAUUUUUGCACAGCUGAUUGUAAAUUUUCUGAUAGUGUUGCUUUACUUUUUCUCAUUAUUCUUCAAAUGGGUUGACUCCUUACUGCACAUUUGUUGAAAGGCAAGAUAUACCUUUCCGUGUUUUCUUUGGCUAGUGUUAAAGCAUCAUAUAAUUUUCAUAUUGAUCUGUCCUUUGACACUACUUCAAUUAUUCCUUUGUUGGCUGACCAUCAUGUAAUUUUAAUAUGAUUGAAGUUUCCAUUGGGGUUGACAGUGUGGUACAACUCUGUUUAGUCAUAUUAGUGAUGGAUCUGCAUUCAUAAAUUAUUUGGAUCUCAAACUAAUUAGACUUGGUAAUCAAUCAGAUAAUAAGUUCCCAACUGUUCUCUAUAAAAUAGAAUUAUUGAUAUGGAUGAUAAGUUCAAUUGGAUAGUUUGGAGAGGCAAUUGGAUAGUUUCUUCAUCCAAUGUGGCCUUGACUAUAUGGAAUGCACACUUGGGGGGUUGGGGCUUAUUCCAUGUUGGUCUUCUUUGUGUGGAAUGCAGUACAUGAGAAGAUUCUUACGAUUUUUAUCCAAUUAGGGGGAGUCAGGUUUAUAUGUUAAUUGGUGCUGCCUUUAUAAGUGUGAUGGUGAAUCAGUUUCUCAUUUGCUUAUCAAUUGCAAUGUGGCUAUGACAGCUAAUUUUGGCGUUGUCUGAGAUGGAGUGGGUGUUUCAAAGAGAUGUGAUGGGGGUCAUGCUUGGGUAGUGUGGGAGGAAAGAUGAGGAAACAAAGAUGGAAUGUACAUCUAGCUCCUUUGUGUUUGACGUGGCUUUUAUGGUGGGAGCGAAAUAGGGCAUUUCAAGUGAAGACCCAAACAAACGGAGAUCUUCCAGAAGUAAAGUUUUUAAAGAUAGUGACAGGAGUUCAAACUGCAAGUUCCGUACUUUAAAAGUUGUGUUGGUCGUUAUUGUUUUGGGAACAUUUUUUAUGCUUCUCCACUCUCCAGCAGUUUAUAACACCGAACAUAUACCCAAUUGUGGAUCUAGCACAACUUUUGUCGACCGGUGGACAAGCAAGACAUCUGCUGUAGAUAAACAUUAUAUAUCAAAUUUGGAUGUUAACUGGGACCAUAUCACUGAAGUAAUUGAGAAACUGACUAACAUAAAUGAGUAUCAGGGUAUAGGUCUGUUAAAUUUCAAUGGCAGUGAAACUGAUCAGUGGAAUCAGCUCAUCCCUGAUGCAGAGCAUGUUGUUUUGCAACUGGACCAUGUCUCGAACAACAUCACUUGGGAGUCCCUUUUCCCUGAAUGGAUUGAUGAGGAAGAGGAAUUUGAGGUUCCCAGUUGUCCUACUCUACCCAAACUUCAGGUCACUGUAAAACCACGGAUCGAUCUCAUUGCUGUCAAACUUCCCUGCAACAAGUUGGGGAAGUGGUCAAGAGACGUGGCUCGUCUGCACUUGCAACUUGCAGCUGCAAAGCUUGCUGCCGCUGCUAAAGGGUAUUAUCCGGUGCAUGUAAUUUUGGUGACGGAUUGUUUCCCAAUUCCAAAUCUUUUCACCUGCAAAGAACUUGUUGUGCGUGAAGGCAAUGUGUGGUUGUACGAGCCCAACCUUAAUCUAUUGAGGGAAAAGCUUCAGCUGCCAGUUGGGUCGUGUGAGCUGGCAGUUCCUCUCAUGGCUAAAGAGAACUGGUACUCAGGAAAUGCGCGGCGAGAAGCAUAUGCAACCAUCCUACACUCAGCACAUGUAUAUGUAUGUGGCGCCAUUGCUGCAGCUCAGAGUAUCCGCAUGGCAGGUUCAACGCGCGAUCUUGUAAUACUCGUUGAUAAAACAAUCAGCGAGUAUCACAGGGGGGGCCUAGAGGCUGCAGGGUGGAAAAUCCGUACCAUUGAAAGAAUCAGGAACCCAAAAGCUGAACGAGACGCCUACAACGAAUGGAACUACAGCAAAUUCCGCCUCUGGCAAUUGACAGAUUAUGACAAGAUCAUAUUCAUCGAUGCUGACCUGCUUAUACUUCGGAAUAUUGAUUUCCUGUUUGAAAUGCCUGAAAUUACCGCUACGGGAAACAAUGGAUCGCUGUUUAAUUCGGGUGUGAUGGUUGUUGAACCAUCAAAUUGUACGUUCCAGCUUCUGAUGGAUCACAUCAAUGAGAUCGAGUCAUACAAUGGCGGUGACCAGGGGUACCUGAAUGAGAUCUUCACAUGGUGGCAUCGGAUUCCAAAGCAAAUGAACUUUUUGAAGCACUUUUGGGAAGGCGAUGAGGACGAUAAGAAAGAAUUGAAAACACGUCUCUUCGGAGCCGAUCCUCCAGUCCUUUACGUCCUCCAUUAUUUGGGUUUGAAACCAUGGCUAUGUUUCCGGGACUAUGACUGUAACUGGAACGUGGACAUAUUGCACGAGUUUGCAAGCAAUGUUGCGCAUAAGAGGUGGUGGAAGGUUCACGAUGCUAUGCCAGAGAACUUGCACAAGUACUGCUUGCUUAGGUCUAAGCAAAAGGCAGCAUUGGAGUGGGACCGGAGGCAAGCAGAGAAAGGAAAUUACACAGACGGGCAUUGGAAGAUCAAGAUUCAAGACCCGCGUUUGCAGACUUGUUUCGAGGAUUUUUGCUUCUGGGAAAGCAUGUUAUGGCAUUGGGGUGAAACGAAUUGGACAGAUAACGCAACCGCUAGCCCAUCGCCUCCUGUGAUCAAAUCAGCUUCUCUCUCUUCUUUGUGAUAUGUGAUUUUUUUUCUUUCAUACUCCUAACUUUUUCAUCAAUAGAUUCCAACACCAUAGCAAUGGAGAAGUGUAUUUUCUUACUAUUUUUAGAAUCUUUAGUUAUUUUUGUUAAAACAAUGUCCCACUAGUGAAACAGUUUAUGCUUGUAAAGCUACACAAAGCUUGGUUCUAUGAAACUCACUUUCUGUCACCCUCA